AUGUAUAAGGUUCAAAUGUUCAAUUUCCUUAUCUUUCAACAAUACGACACCGUAACACAUUUGCCAAGUUGUUAUAGCCGCACAUGCGAAAGAAUUCUUCAAAACGCGUUAGAAGUUGGAAGAGACUUGGGAAUGUCUCGGUCGGCUUUGGUCCGUCAUAGCCGUUGCGUUUGGCGCUUCAUAAACCCGCGUACUUCCCAAGAAAAGCGACUUCUCUCGUUCAACUUCUCCACGUCGGAGCAUCAUGAGAACCAGAGACCGAGUAGACCAGCACCGCCUCCGAUCCGGGUCUCUCUCACCGAGUCUGCCGGUCGAGGCGUUUUCGCCACUCGAAUAAUUGGUGCCGGUGACCUCAUCCACACUGCCAAGCCCAUUGUAUCUCACCCUUCUCUCUUUUGCAAUGAAAGUGUGUGUCAAUUUUGCCUCAGACGGCUUUCAAGUUCCAUGGAUACUAAAUCGCAGAGCGUGAGGUUUUGCAGUGAAGAAUGCAAGGAUAAUUUCAUGGCUGUCUUUGAUGUUGAGACAAGAACAGAUUGGUUAGCCUUUCAUGAGUAUUGUCGGACUGAGAGUUUAAAAUAUCCACUUCUGGUAAAGCGGUUGGCUUGUAUGGUUAUAUCAGGAGCUGCACCUGAUGACUGUCUUGACAUACUUCAACCUGCUAUUUUAUCUCCGGAGAUGGUUUUGAAGAUGGAAGAAGGGUUUGGUCUACUAAGGACUACCUUCAUAAAGGCAAAUAUUAGAGAUGAACAAUUGGCAUUUCUAACCAAGCAAUGGUACACUAGUGUACUGUCAAGGAUUCGUAUUAAUGCGUUCCGGAUAGAGUUGGUUGGAGAAUUGUAUGAAGAUCUUCUUUCAUCAGCAGCAGCCUGUAUCGAAGCUGAAUCAGCCAUUGGGAAUGCUGUUUAUAUGCUUCCGUCUUUUUACAAUCAUGAUUGUGAUCCCAAUGCACACAUUAUAUGGAUAGAUAAUGUAGACGCAAGAUUGAAGGCGCUUCGUGACAUCGAGGAAGGUGAAGAGCUUCGAAUUUGCUAUAUUGAUGCAAGCAUGGAUCACAAUGCUCGACAAAAACUUUUGUACUACGGGUUUGGUUUCGAGUGCAAAUGCCUCAGGUGUUUAUCAGGUGAUUAAGGAAUUGUUUUUCCUUUCUUGGUUUUGUGGCAAUGAAAAGCUGUGAGAUUGACUGCUUUCAUUUCAGCUGUUGAAUACAUUACAGAGAUUAUUUUGGUUGAGCAGCUUAGUCCUCUGAGGAUCGGGCUUCAGAUA